AUGUCCACCCCUACCGCGGGAGGUAUCCCUCUCCCCACCCUCAAACAAUAUGCCCUCCAUGCGAGCUAUGCUAAUGUACUCUCGAGUUUGACCUUGAUCCUCUACGACUGGAUUCUCACCCUUGAACUCGAACUUAAGUAUAUCUGGAGUCCGCAAUCAUUGUGGAACUUGGGCAAGCUGCUGUACAUUAUCACCCGGUACCUUGCCUUGGUGGAUAUCCCUGUCUUUCUCACGAGACAGAUUGGAUACGGACUCUCGGUGGAGACAUGUGUUCAGUACUACAACUGGACUGCUUGGUCGUUCAUGGUUGGCACAUGCGUCGCAGACCUUAUUCUCGCCAUUCGUACCUGGAUCAUUUGGGAGCGUUUCCAUUUCUGGCUUGCCGGGUUGGCGCUGGUCUGGACGGCUACCUGGGUUAUCACUUUCGUCGCCCUAGGAAGAGUGAUGCCCACGCUGAUUUUCACUCCGAUACCGGACCCUGCGCUGUCAAGAUGUUUCCUUGCCGGCGCCAGCGACGGCUUGUACAUAGGCUACGUCGUCAUGACAGUCUAUGAUACUUUAAUAUUUGGCGCAAGGUUUAUCAAGGGAAUCGAUUACUACCGCACAGGAAGCUCCGCAAACUUAUCGACGGUGUUGUAUAGAGAUGGUCUCAUGUUCUCCUUGAUUCUCGCCUUGUUCUCCGUGUUGAAUAUGGUUGUACUUCUAACGACUACUGCCGACCUAUUCAAUCUGCUGCUCGCCAUGCAGCGAGCGAUCCAUUCCGUGCUCACCUCACGCAUACUGCUCCACCUGCGGAGAGCAGCAGGUGAGAGGCAGGCGUUUGAAAGCACCAUUGGUAUGGAUUAUAGUGAAAUUGGGGGGGUGGUGAUGAAUCUGCACUCGUUGACUCCUGCUCAUUAACAGAACACAUUACACUCGCUUGAUAUGUAUCAAAUUAUGGAGUUUAUGCGCUUUUGCAACGGCGUUAGGAUAAUGUAUUACUCACGGCUACUUACAGUUGUACGAAGAACACCACCUCUCCCCUAGGCAUUCCCGAUCCAGCGACUAUCAUGCUGUCCUGGGCCCGGUUGUUGGUUUACAUCAGGUUGAUGGGUUUGGUUGGUCGAGUGUAGCGUGAAAGUGGCUCAAGUGCUCACGUUGGGCAUUUCCUGGUGGUGCGCAAUCAGAUCACAACUUCCCAAGUACGCACAUGUCAGUGCCAGCCAAGCAGAUUAGUGUCUGCCAGAAGGCGUCAACAGACGCUCGUUCAUGGCUUCCCCAAUCAUCUUACGGUCACAGUUGAUCCUCGGAUACUUCCAACUUUCAGUGGCCAGGAAUACAGAUCUGCACUUUUCUUCGCGCACAAUACUCGGAUGGCGUCCGUUCUCCAAGUAGAUCGAGCAUCAUUCCU